AUGCUGGCGCAAUACCUUGCAAUAAGUGCGCUUUUCUGGCCCGCACUAUCGACGGCGAUAGUCGCGGAUAACGGGCAGAAUUCUGCGGCGCUGGUCGAGGCCAGUGUCAUGAUACUGCUGAAGGCCUUCCAGGAUCCAUUUGCAUCGUCAUUGCUUUCCCAGGCGGCUACCUCACUGGAAGCCGAUCAAUUGCAGGCGGAUUUGAUGAACGAUGUUCUUGUUCGGUUGGGUGGAUUGAUUGUGGUGAGAUUCAAUGCGGCUUCCCGCGAGAUGUUACGGAGGCCCUGGGUUCACAAUGUGUUGUUCGUGGAUAGCUAUGAAGCGUUUCGUCGGUUGCAUCGCGAUCUAAGGGUAGAGAAAUAUGAUUUUUCUGGACGUUACCUGGUGGUGUACAGUGGGGAAGUGAACGAAACGGUCGUGAAGAAGAUUUUCGACGAUUUGUGGACGCUGGAAAUCAUCAAUGUCGUACUGGUUGGGGACGGAGUUGAUGGCGUCAAACUGUGGACAUAUGUACCUUAUUCGACGGCAAGCUGUCGUUCGGUGAACUUGGUCCGGAUGCCGAACGUUGAGGAUGUAGUGCAAUUCUAUCCGGAUAAAACAUCAAAUUUCCACGGAUGCGAGUUCAGGGUGGGAUCAUUUGAAACUAGACCCUAUACAAUCAUGGACCGCUCAAGUGGUGCGAGGAUUAAAAUGAGUGGUUUUGAGGGAGAUCUACUGGAUGUUUUGAAGGAAAGACUAAACUUCGACGCUACAAUCUAUGAACCUCCAAAUGGGGAACAGUGGGGUUAUGCGUUAAAGCAGAACAGCACAGGCAUGAUGCGUAUGAUCCAAGAAGAAGAGGUUGAUUUCGGGAUUUCUUGUCUCGGGAUCUCUGUGGCGAGAAACGAGAUAUUGAAGCCGGGAAUCGCUCACUACACGACGGCUUUGGUUCUAGCGAUUCCCAAAGGACGCCCCUUAACUGCAUUCGAAAAACUAUUCCGGCCAUUCACCGCAAUCAUCUGGUGGAUGAUCACCACAAUGGUUGUUGGAGCAGUGAUCGUAAUUUCGAUGAUCGAGUGCAAGCCUGUUUCGGUUCGGGAUUUCGUUUACGGAAGAGGUAUUCGAACACCCUAUCUAAACCUGAUUCAAGUAUUUCUAGGGGUCGGAAUGCAUGUUCUUCCAACACGGAACUUUUCCAGGACACUUCUAUUCCUGUGGAUUUAUUUCUGUUUGGUGUUGAGGACACUGUACCAAGGAUCUAUGUUUAAAUAUUUGCAACAGAACGCCAACCUUCCACCGUCACGAACCCUGGCAGAAAUAGAUCAAACUGAUGCAUACUUUUACGUGGUCGAAAGCGCCGAACGUUAUUAUGAAUCGUUUCCGCAUCGCUACCGAAGAGUGCGACAUCUUCCCCAGGAGAAGGACAACAUCAUACACCGAUUGGAGUGGAUGAUCAACCACCCGGAAAGUCCCGACGUCGUACAGGGAGGAUUGGAUCACAUAGCUCACCACAACCAUCUGUAUCGGAAGAAAGGUGGCGCCGUCGAUAUUUGUACCGAAUUUAUCUCUACCUACACGAUCACAAUCUACUACCCGAAGAAAUCCAUGUUGACACGAGAAUUCGACGAGCAAAUUCUGAAAAUUCAAGCGUCCGGGCUGAUGUUCUUGUGGAUAAAUCGAUACGGGGACUAUAACUUCUUCGGGGCCCAAGAUGAGAAGUCCUCUCCCAGGCAGUUGAGUAACGAGCAUCUUCUCGUGGGUUAUGAGAUAUGUGCAGUCAUGCUGACUUUUAGUGGAAUUGUCUUUGCAUUGGAGAAUGUUUCUAGGAGAUUCGUUAGGCUGCGGAACUUGUUCGAGUAUCUGAAAUGA